GGGAUGCAAUUCCCUUUGUUCACAUCAUUUCUGGCGCUUUUCUUGUAUAUAAAACACUUUCACGCUUCCCACUUUGCUCUCCGCCUUCUCUCUGCAAAUCUCUCUCCCUCUUUCACUUUUUAUCUCUCCCCACCGGAAUUUAAGCAAGCUCGACAAUGGCAGGUUAUAGAGCAGACGAUGACUACGAUUAUCUCUUUAAGGUUGUCUUGAUUGGCGAUUCCGGUGUCGGCAAGUCCAAUCUUCUCUCCCGGUUUACUAAGAACGAGUUCAACCUCGAGUCCAAGUCUACCAUUGGAGUUGAAUUCGCUACUCGCACCUUGAAUGUUGAUGGCAAAGUCAUUAAAGCUCAGAUCUGGGACACUGCGGGCCAGGAGAGGUACCGGGCAAUCACCAGUGCUUACUAUCGUGGGGCAGUUGGUGCACUUCUUGUGUACGAUGUCACUCGCCAUGCAACGUUCGAGAAUGUAGACAGAUGGCUGAAAGAAUUACGAAACCACACAGAUUCCAACAUUGUUGUGAUGCUUGUUGGGAACAAGUCAGAUCUUCGUCACCUCGUGGCCGUAUCAACUGAAGAUGGCAAGUCCUAUGCUGAGAAGGAAUCACUAUACUUCAUGGAAACCUCAGCUCUGGAGUCAACUAAUGUGGAAAAUGCAUUUGCAGAAGUUCUGACCCAAAUUUACAGGGUUGUUAGCAGGAAGGCGGUUGAGGGAGGAGAGAAUGGAACUGCAUCUGCGCCAGCCAAAGGAGAGAAAAUAGACAUAAAAAAUGAUGUGUCUGCCUUGAAGAGAGUUGGCUGCUGUUCAAGCUAGACAAGGAAAACACAGAUCAUUUGUUUGCUCUUGGCUAUAUUUUCGUGUAACAUUGAGGGAAAGCAGGAACAAAAAAGAGCAUACUAGAGGAUAAACAAAAUUUAUUUUUUCCCGUAGCACAUUAGACUUGCUGUGUAACGUUAAACAACGUUUUGGAUUCACAAUAUUUGUACCAAAAAAACAAUGCUUAAUGGUCAAUAGGAUCUCACGAAGCAUGUUGAUAGUUUCAUGGCCUGAUUCAUUCGUAAUAUUGAUAUUAUUGUUCCUCAGA